AUGUUAAAAACGCACACAGGAUCUGGCAACCCGGACCGGGGCAAAGGUGACGAAGGUUCCACCUCAGUAGCUACCGUGUUUUAUUUGUUUAUUUUUGGUUUUAAACAAUAUUUGAGGCAACUUUAUCGUGGUAACAAGGAUGGCACGCUUGGUUGCAAUAUUUUAACAAUGGUUAUGGAAUUCCCAGAUGACUUUGGUGAUGAUGGUAACCAUAAACAAAAAUUCUCCUCCUUCAAACAAUUCUCAAAGUGUUACUCCAAGUUAACACAUGAGAAUUUGAACGCUGCUCUCAUUGUGACAUCCCAAGAGGUCUUCAGCACUCUGUCCCAGUUGGUUCCGUGUGUGGGCUGCAGGAGGAGUGUGGAGAGCCUCUUUGCUCAUGUAGUCAAAUCAAGGAACCCAGCUUUAGAACCCCUCACUGUGGAAUCUACAGGCAUGCUUUCUGUCACAAAGUCAUGUCUGUCUGAUGUGAAGAAGCUCUAUACUCUCUUCUACGUCCAUGGAUCAAAGUUAAAUGGCUUUAUGGAUGCCAUUCCAAGAGGGAAAAAAAACAAAAGAUGUCAGUUACACUCAUUGGAUACACAUAAACCCAAACCUUUUGGGGGAAGCUGGAUGGAUGUGUGGGAGCUCAUGUCACAAGAGUGCAAGGAUGAAGUGGUGGUCAUUGAUAGUGAAUGUCUCCUGGAUACACUAGAGGAAUACUUACGCAAGCAUAAAUUUUGCACAGAGUGUAAAAAUAAGGUGCUAAGAGCAUACAACAUCCUUGUAGGAGAUUUGGAUGGUGCUAAAGAGAAGGGCUACUGUGCUGCUCUGUAUGAAGGUCUGUGCUGCUGUCCAAACGAAGGCCACGUCCAUGUGUACAGUAAAACCGACUUCAUUGCUCACCUUCUUGACAGAGCAGAGCCUGAGUUCUCUGGGGGAUACGAGAGAAGAGAGAGACAUGCCAAGACAAUUGAAAUUGCACAAGAAGAGGUUCUGAUCUGCAUAGGUAUUCAUCUUUAUGAGCGACUGCACAGAAUCUGGCAGAAACUACGAGCAGAAGAGCAGACGUGGCAAGUUUUAUUUCAUUUGGGGAUCGAUGCACUACGUAAAAGCUUUGAGAUUGCGGUUGAGAAAUUGGAAGGGAUCAGUCGACUAGAGCAAUUCUUUGAGGAGCUGUCUGAAGAAGAGAAGGCUAAAGAGCUUAAACUUGAGAAAAAGAGACAAAAGAAGAAAAAUCGGCGUAAGAAUAAAUGUGGCAACGAGAUGUCUGAACAAGAAGCUGAAAAUGAGAAGAAAGUGCCUGAUGUGGGAUCUCUUGAGUCUGUUGAGAGCUGUUGCCAUGGAUGUGAAAGCCAUUAUGAGGACGAAAACAGGCCUCAAGAAAGAAUGUGUGCUAAUGAAAACCUUUCCUGCAGGUGCACAGGCAACACUAAACAAGAUCCAUCUUCGCACAGCAAUGGUAGUGACUGUGGUUAUUCAUCAAGCAGCGAAAUUGGCUCUCGAGAAGGUUCAGAAGUUGCCUGUCCAGAUGGAAUUUGUAAAUAUAAUGAAGCAGCCGAAGUCGGUAAUAUCUACAGUUGUACAGACGACAGAGAAGACAGUUGUUUGGACUGCUGGCCACUCAAAGAUGAACAAUGUAAAAGGAAAAAAGGAACAUGUCUUACAGUUGACAAAGUACAGAGACCCAAUGAUAAAGACUGUGUGAAAAAGGGGAAUCGCCAAUCACUGCCGUCAUGCCUGACUAACGGAAUUCUUCACUGUAAACCUGCUCGCAACAUGCAUGCACCUCGGAGUGGACAUAAACAAAACCAUGGGUCCAUUAGUCUUCUGGAGCUUUUGGAGGAUUCUGAGGUUGUUUCAGAUGAGGAGAAUGGCCUGACUGAAGUUGAAAUCCAGUCAUUCUUUGAAAAAAAUCCCACGUUCUACAAUGACCGGCCUCAAGAGCACAUCUUCUCUUUAGAUCACAGCCUCACAUCAGCGGACCUCGGAGAACCUGCCGGGCGGACCACAGCACUCCACGGGGCUGCGGGAGCAGUAGAGCCGGUGGGGAUGGAGCGCUGGAAGGGCAGGGUCGCGCUGGUGACUGGAGCCUCUGUGGGGAUAGGAGCGGCCAUCGCCCGGGCUCUGGUGCAGCAGGGCAUGAGGGUGGUCGGCUGUGCUAGGAAUGUCGACAAAAUUGAGGCAAGUUGA